GUAAGAUUCUCCGCAACGUCAGCAACGAUAUGGACCUCUUCACAAUCACCGGCCAAGGGUGGCACUUUGUCAAGUACCUCGGCCCGGCCGUCUGCGUCGUCGGACCAGACUGUCGCUCCGAGAGGAACCAAGCCCGCGUCAUGGCCGGGCCGACCUACCAGGGCAUAUUCCCCAAGGUCGCGACGCUGCCUCCCAGCGUACAGCACUGCAUCUGGAUGGUCUCCGUGCCGCUGCUAUACCCGCGCCUCGAGGCGGUCGAGAGCUUGGCAGGCGCCGUCGCGACGGGCAAAAAGGUUGUCAACACGUCGUACAACAUCCUCGGUAAGGUCACGAGCUCUGUGGCCGGCGUCGUGGGUGGCAAGGACGUUGUCGCGCAGGGCUUCACACAGGUGAAGAAGGCGGUUGGCAAGUCCGGUCUCAUGGGCAACGUCCUGAACCAGUUUGGCGAGAUUGACAUUGCCGAGAUCCUCAAGGAUAUGUGGACGCACGAUUCCAAGGACCUGGAGAGGACGUACUUUAUCCGCACGCUGCAAGGCAUCUCCCAGCAAAAGGGCAUUCGCAUGACUUUCUUGUCAGGAGACGUCAACUGCGCGGGAGCAGGCCUGGUCCACGACCCUACCCACCCAAGCGACCACAAGACAAUGUACCAAGUAAUCACCUCCCCCAUCGUAGCCCAGCCCGCCAGCAACUACAUCCUCAAGCUCCUCCACAACAACAAGAGCCUCUACGUGCCGCAAAACGGCCAUAAGUCCAACCACGAGGUGUCCGACUCCAAGGAGGACAUGAUGGAGAUCUUCCACACCGACGCCUCGGGCUCCGCGCGCGAGCUCAAGAAGCUCAUGGGACGCAGGAACUAUGUUGCCGUCGUGGCGUAUGACCCGGAGACCGUCGCCGGUGGUCCUGGCGGUGUCGGUGGGUCGCAGUAUGCGGGUAGCAUCAUCAAUGGAGGGCAACAGCAGCAGCAGCAACAGGGUUUGCAAAAGUUGAGUUUGGCGGUGGACUUUGUCGUGCAGGGUGAUGGUGCGUUUACGGCGCCGACAAAGUAUGGGCCAGUGAUUGUGCCCCAUUUGGAGUUUGGGAGGUAA